AUGUCCGUUUUCUGCCAAAGGAAAAGACUAAUCCUGCAAGAGAUGCUAACUAGCCUAGGCGCCCUCCCCGCUGGAUCCCACACGGCAUCAGUCCCAGCGCCCUGCGCGCGCUUGGCCACGCGACGGUCUAGGGCGCCACAGUCUCGGGGUUUGGAGGAGCCAGCCCACUUCGACCGCUUCUGCGAGUGGCCGGAUGGCUAUGUGCGCUUCAUCUAUCGCAGCGACGAGAAGAAGGCACAGCACCACCUGAGCGGCUGGGCCAUGCGCAACACCAACAACCACAAUGGCCAUAUCCUCAAGAAGUCGUGCCUGGGCGUGGUGGUGUGUGCGCGGGCCUGCGCCCUGCCCGACAGCUCCCGCCUGCAGCUGCGCCCCGCCAUCUGCGACAAGGCGCGGCUGAAGCAGCAGAAGAAACCAUGCCCCAACUGUCAUUCCGCUUUGGAAUUGAUUCCCUGUCGCGGGCACAGCGGAUACCCUGUAACCAACUUCUGGCGGCUUGAUGGCAAUGCCAUAUUUUUUCAGGCAGGAGAGGAUCACGACAACAGUGGACAUUUCAACAACAUACCUCCUCUGGAAAACUCAGAAGAGUUUGAUGUAAUUGCUGACACUGGCUUCCCUAUUCCAGGGCAGCCUUGCUUUUCUUUCCCAAAUUCGGAUGCUUACAAGGCUACCUGUGACCUCGCCACCUUUCAAGGGGACAUAAUGCCACCCUUUCAGAAAUAUCCAAACUCAAGGAUCUAUUUGCCUAGGCCACCUUGCAGCUAUGAAUUGGCAGGUCCUGGUUAUACAAAUUUGAGCCCAAUGCCUCCUCUUUAUAAAGAUUCCAGCAAUAACCCUAAUGACACAGACUGGGUUCGUCUGAAUGCACUACAAUAUAAUGUCAACUCAUACUGCAGCUUCGAGAGAAGCUGUGAUCUCACCUGUAAACAACAUGGCUGGGAACCAGCUCUUGGAAAACCUGGCCUUGGGGAGAGGACUGACCCUGGACAGUUCCAGACCAUGGCCACUCGCCCUUACUAUAACCCAGAGCUUCCCUGCAGGUACCUCACGACUCCCGCACCAGGUGCUCCAGCCCUACAGACCGUGAUCACCACCACCACCAAAGUGUCCUACCAGACCUACCAGCCCCCUGCUUUGAAAUACUGUGACAGUGUGCACAAAGCUAAGAACCUUUCAGGCUGUAACUACGCUUCUGAAAAUACCCCGAUGUCCAUCUCUCCAGAAGCCUUGGACCUUCCAGCUGCAGUCACCAGGGCAGCCUCUCCAACAGAGUCACUUCCUUUGAAAAUUCCAGGAGAUUGCAGGCCCAUCAGAACCACUUUGGCUUUUCCUCAAGAGUCAGCUCCCUCCAGGACAGACAGAGCAGAGGCCUGGGAUGUGUGUGCAGCUGGACUGGGGUCUGCAAUCAGUUACUCAGGUAGAGUCAGUCCAUUCUUUAGCUAUGGCAAUGAGGACUUUUAA